GUACAAUUUGACGUUACACAUGCAGUUCACUGUACUAAAAUUUGAGGUUAUGUCAAAAAAAACAUUUAUUAUUGAAUAAACCAAGAAUUGUAUCAUACUGAUCUACUUCACACGUAGAAUAAUUACACAAUAAUAAUAUAGAUUUUCAGGUGAAUAAUAAUGUUGCGACGGCCCCCCACAACUAUCGAAUUGAAAGUGGAUGAUAUUCGCGAGUAUGAAUAUAUGCGUCAGCAGAUAGCGAAGGAGCAGGAGAAGGGCAAGGGUUUUGAGGGGGCUCCAAAUUGGCAAAGUGGCCCCAAAUCUAAGGAGGAAGUGUAUUCGAGGAUUGGUUAUGUCCCCCCGGAGAAGACAACGGGGGCUUCGUGUCGGCCCAAUCUCUUAUAAAUGGGGGGAUUUGAUUGAAAUGAAAAACUUUUUGUUGUAAUAGUUAUAAUAAUGUAUACUCACAAUACACAGUUUAUGUACAAAAUUUACAGUAAUAUAUAGACAUCACAAUGUU